AUUAGUAUGAAAGAAAAAAUUAGAGUAAUAAACAAUUAUAAACUCAAUGAUUCUUUGAAAUAUAUAUCGUCAAAACAGGUGUUAUCAAAUAGAUUACCUGUUCUGAUUUUUAGAAAUGUUUUAAGUGAAAAACAAAAAAGUUUAGUUGAUAUGCGUAGCUACGUAAUUCAAAAUGAGAGUAUUGUUAUUUGUAAAGAAAAAAUCGAACAAUUUGAAGAGGGAAUCAUUGAAAUACAUCAUGAAGAAAAUUGUACAAACAGAUAGUUAAUCCUAAAUGAAAAUAUUAUUUACAAUUUUAAUAGUACAAAUAUUUUAAAUGAUCAAGAAAUGGCGGAAGAAAUUUUUAUAAAUAUAUUUAAAGAUUCUAAAUUGAAGAAAAACUAUAUGUUAUAUGGACGUGAUUUAACUAUUAUUCCAAAUAAAAAGCUAUUUUUAAGGCUUCAAAAAUCUACUAUUAGACCAAAUAACGUGGUUCCAAAAAUUGAAGGUGUUAAUACCAUUAUGUGUUAUGUUGGUGGUCCUGGAAGUAUGACUGCAAAACAUUGCGAAGGUGGAGAUUUUGCUAGCCUUAAUUUACUGGUUACAGGUCAUCCAAAAAUUUGGGGAUUUAUAGAUAAAGAUCAAUUUUAUCGUUUAUCAAAAAAAUUAGUACAAAUUGUGUUCGAUUUUUCAUAAGCCAGGUUUUAUUAUUUCUCCUUUGCUUUUAAAAAAAUGGAAAAUUGAAGUUGCUUAUGCCAUACAAAAUGCAGGUGAUUUGUUUCAUAUUCGUGAAUAUGUAAUACACUUUAUUGUAAACAUUGCAACAAGAACAUCAGAUAAAACAAUUUGUGAUUGUAGCGAUAUAAACAGAUUGCUAAGAGAUUUUUUUAACUUAUCUAAAAUUAAUAUUAAUAAAAUACUAAAUAGUCAUAAGAAAAUAGUCAUAUGAAUGUUAUGAAUGUAGAAAAAAAUUUUUUUACAAAAAUAGUUUCAUAAGUCAAUGUGUAAAGAUUCUCAAAAAGAGUUCCUUUGAAUGUAAUUAUAUUAACUGCAAAAAAACUUUUAAUUCAGCCAGUGCUUUACAAAAGCAUCGCAAAAUAACGCACAUUAAUUUAAUUAAAACGAGUAUAUGUCAUAUACGUGGACUGGUUUUGUUAAAAUUAAAUUUAAGCAGACAUAUAUCCGACAUAUGCGAAUUAGAAGUACAUUGCGACAAUUGUAAUAGAAUGUUAUUGAAAAGAAACAUAUCGACACAUUUAAAAACAUGUGAAGCUAUACUUACUUGUAAUAAAUGUUACAAAUUAUUUAAUACGAAACAAGGUAUGUCACAACACAUUAAAAAUUUUGGCGUAACAAUUAAGUUAUUAGAAUCUAAUUUUUAUAAUUGCUGAGAUACAAAAUGUGUAAUAAAUUUGUAAGUAGAAAUAAAAAAUAUUAAUUUCUUAAAAAAUAAAAA